AUGGCUGCUCUUCUCUUCACCCAAUGUGAUGCAAGAAGAUCAAUGGGGCUAACAAGGAAAGAUAGAAAACAUUCAAGAAGUUCAAUCAUCAAGUCCUCAAAGAAAUUGAGAGUAAUCAAGCACGACGGUGAUCCAUCGUCGAACACCGGACCUUAUGGUGUGAGUUCUCCAUUUUCUUUACCACCCUUUGAUUCACUAGCUCCAUAUCCCUUGACUGAAAAUGCUCCUCCAUAUUGCAUUUAUCCUCCUUUCACUCCUCAAGUACCACAGGGACCUCCUUCUGCAACUCUUCCAUCCCCUGUAGGAUACACACCAACAACCCCUUAUAUCCCUCCAAUUCUCCCUAUUCAAAGCCCACCUCCAAGUCCCACAGGUUCAGAGCCGAGCCCAUCCGGACCUUUUCCGACCCCUAGUCCACCCGAAUCCUCUGUUCCUAGCCCCCCGGAAGCACUACCUAGUCCAUAUAUCUACGUUCCAAGCCCACCAGGGUCCGUAUUGAGCCCACCUUUUUAUGAGCCUAGCCCACCUUCAGGUUCUACCCCAAGCCCACCGUCUUCCGUUCCAUCUCCCACUGGGUUUGUUCCAAGCCCACCGUCUUCCGUUCCAUCUCCUACUGGGUUUGUUCCAAGCCCACCAGUGUUUCUACCCCCAAUAGUGUACCCUCCACCCAUAGUGCCACCAUCUCCGAAAAAAAGCCCAAACAUUGCACUUUGGUGUGUUGCCAAGCCAUCAGUGCCUGACCCAAUCAUCCAAGAAGCUAUUAAUUACGCUUGUGGGUCGGGUGCCGAUUGCGAUACGAUUGAGUCCAGCGGGCCAUGUUUUGAGCCCAAUACAGUUUACGCCCAUGCUUCUUAUGCCUUCAAUAGCUAUUGGCAAAGAAACAAGGUUGCUGGUGGUACAUGCUCAUUUGGAGGCACAGCCAUGUUAGUCACUGUUGAUCCAAGCCAUGAUGGGUGCCAUUUUGAUUUCUAUUGAUUAGAGAG